UGGAGAUAUGAGGCCAAGACCUUCAGAUUCCGCUAUAUGGAAGCAGAUUUGUAGAAUUAAUGAUUUAGGGGAGGAUAAUAUUGAAGUAAAUGAUCAGCAGGAACUUAUCUGGUUGCCUGAUUCAAGGGGUAUCUUUACACUUGCUUCAGCUUAUGAUCUUGUGCGUGACACAUCAUUGUCUUUAUUUUCAUAUAAACAAGCUUGGAAUCCCUAUCAAAAGUUGAACAUUAGACUUUUCCUAUGGAAAUUCUUAAAUCAUUACCUCCCUUUUCCAGAAAAUCUCAGGAGAUUUUCUAUUCAGAUGGCUUCUCAAUGCCCAAUUUGUCUGAAUGCAGAACAAACCGGUUCUCACUGUCUUUACUCCUGCAUCAAGGAAAUAUCUCACUGAUGCAAAUGAUGAUUUGAUUCAAGAAGGUAUUUUGCCAGUUUCAAUUCACAGAAGCAGAACCAAAAUUCUAAUUUGGAAGAAGACGUACCCCUAUAAGCUGAGACUCUCAGUUGAUGCGGCUUUCAGAGAGGGGCGAGGUGCUGGCGGUGCGGUUCUUAGAGACGAUGGCGGAAAAAUAAUUGCUGGCUUUUUCAUGCCCCUUCGAGUGAAGACGGUACUUCAGGCGGAAGUGCAGGUAGCUCUUCGGGCGUUGGAAUGGUGUGCUAGAUCUGGAUUUUUAGACUUUCAGCUGGAAUCAGAUUCUGAGAUGACAAUGAAGCUCUUGCAGAAGAAAUCAAGGCCUCCAAUCUAUCUUCAGAGGACGGUUGAUGAAGCGCACAGGCUCUGUCGGACCCUUCAUGUCCGUACACAGCAUAUCUUCAGGGAAAUGAAUUUACUUUCACAUGCUCUUGCUCAGCUUGGUCUUAAUUCAGACAUUUCUAAUUGCUUUAACACUUCAACUUCCUUACCUAACAAUAUUUGCACUAUAAUUGAUUUAGAUAUCAAUGGGAUCCCCUCUUUUAGGAAGUAGCUUUUUUGUUCUUUUGGAAAAUUGGGUAAGGUCUGGUCCCCCCAAUUUUUCUUCUUUUUAUUGAGAGGUUUUGGUUUGGCCCCCUCUCUUUGUACUCUACUUUACUAUUCAAUAAAAAAAAUGGCAAAUGUCUCCCGGCAUUUGCCCCACUGGAUGCGGUGGUUUGCCUUCCGGGAUAAAAAAAAUGAAUAAUAGUUGAAUAACAU